AUGGAUGAGGAGGAUCGAUUUAAAUACUUUUACAUGGCAUUCGGUUGUAGUAUCUGUGCAUUUCAGCAACAUAUUCGACCGGUUAUUUGUAUUAAUGCUGCUUUCUUGAAGGGUCGAUAUCUGAGUCAACUAUUUAUUGCUGUCGCAUUAGAUGGGAAUAAUCAAAUAUAUCCACUUGCUUUUGGGAUUGGUCCUAGGGAAGAUCAUUACACAUGGUCCUGGUUUUUAACAAAACUGAGGGAUUGUAUUGGGGAGGUACCUCAUUUGGCCAUCAUUUCAGAUCGACAUGUCAGCAUAUUUUCUGCAUUGGCUGAAGUUUUCCCUGGUGUGCAUCACGGUUAUUGUUGUCACCAUCUUCAUUGUAACAUGCAGUCCAAGUACAAAAAGAAUGUUAAAAUCGCAUUAAUGUACUGGAAAGCAGCCAAGGCAUACACUGAAUUUGAAUUCCAACUGGUCAUGAAGUCACUGUCCCGUUUGCACCCUGAGGCAACUGCAUACCUGCAUGAAGUGGGUUUUGAUCGAUGGGCACGAGCAUAUUUUCCAGGCCAUAGGUACAAUGUAAUGACUACCAAUAUUGCUGAGUUGUUUAAUGCCUUGGUCAAACACGCUCGAGGUUUACCUAUUACUAUGCUGAUCGAGUUCAUUAGAGAUACUUAUACCAGUCCAGUCACACCUUGGGUUGAAGAUAAGAUCGCAAAACGUGUACAGAAGUCUUCGAACUUAGAAGUGCGUCCUAUAACAACUGAGCGAUACCAGGUUCUUGGUAGUGGCCAAUGCCAAUAUGAUGCCCUAGUAGACCUGACGGAGCAUACAUGUACUUGUAGAAAAUUUCAAUUAUCAAAGAUUCCUUGCAUGCACGUUAUUGCUGUAGCCAGAUAUAUGAAGCUUACAACUUACCUUCAAUGGGUGCAUUCAUACUACAGCACAGCUUUUUAUCGAAUAGUGUAUGUAGACGCAGUCAAUCCAUUGGGAGAUCAGUCAGAGUGGCUUCAUCCGGAGGAGGCAACUGUUAUCCACCCACCAUAUGUGCAUCGUCGUCGUGCAGGACGUCCAGCAAAUAAAAACAGACGACCUUCUCAAGGAGAGGUUGUUGAACAACUUAUCUGUAGCCGAUGUCAUCAACCUGGACAUACAAGACAAAACUGCAGAAGCCCUAUUCCAGUACCUAAUUCUGUACCAUCAAGUUCAGGAAGAAAGAAGAAAGAUGGAAAAUAA